GAAGUGAUCCGGGUGAGCUUCCUGGAUCAUCUAACCCCUCAGACACACCUCUAUCCGAGCGCAGAAGGCGCACAGCGGCCAAUAGCGGCGGCUCUCCACCAGUGGCUCACUGUUCUCCAGCAGUGGCUCUCUCCAGCCCCAGUGGUCGCAGUGUGUCGGGAUACCACAUGAAGAAGGUGCUCCCGGUCCAGGGAUCCUCCUAAGGGAAUAGUCCCACUCUUGUCUCUCGGACGUACCGAUAGUCGUCCUGCGUUGUUGAUGCAGUCCCUGGAUGAGCGUUCACCGUUCAGCGACGUUCCUACAACGGGAGGCUGCGGGAAGGGGGUAUUCUGAGAAAGAUGCUGGGGUCAGAGCGCGGCGUCGUGGAGGAGUGGCUCUCAGAAUUCAAGACCUUACCAGAAACCCGCAUCCCCAGCUACGCAGGCAGCCUGCACCUGAAGAAGACCCUGGUGCCAGCGCUGUACCGGGUCAUCCAAGACCCCAACAAUGAGUUGCUGGAGCCCGUGUGCCAUCAGCUGUUUGAGCUAUACCGGAGCACCGAGGACCGCCUUCGCCGCUUCACCCUGCAGUUCCUGCCCGAGCUGGUCUGGGUGUACCUGCGCGUCACGGCCAGCAGGGACCGCCAGAGCAACGGCUGCAUCGAGGCCCUCCUGCUGGGAAUGUACAACCUGGAGAUUGUGGACAAAGAUGGCAACAGCAGGCUCCUCUCCUUCACCAUCCCGUCUCUGUCCAAGCCCUCGGUGUACCACGAGCCCUCCAGCCUGGGCCCCAUGGCGCUGACGGAGGGGGCCCUGUGUCAGCAUGACCUGAUCCGGGUGGUGUACAGUGGAGUCCAUCCACAGAGAGAGACCUUCACUGCACAGAACAGGUUCGAGGUGCUGUGUUUCCUCAUGCUCUGCUACAACUCGGCCGUGGUGUACAUGCCCCUGUCCUCCUACCAGUCAGCCUGCCGCAUGACCUCACGGUUGUGUGUGUGUGGGUUCCCACGGCAGCAGCAGAAGUCGUGGAGAGAGCCGUGUAACCGUGUGCUGCUAGACCCGGAGUUCAUGGUUCAGAUGCUGACCGCCGUCUACCACGCAAUAUACAAUGGAGAGUGGGAGCUGGGUCGAGAGGCUCUAGAGGACAUCCUAUACAGAUCCCAGUUAGAGCUCUACUCCCAGCCGCUACUGGUGGGGGACGCCAUGAGGAACUCCCUGCCGGCCAGCGCCCCUGACGAGCCCCGGGCCCGCCAGGUGCUCCAGGUGGAGGUCACGCCCACCGUCAGACGCAUCUCCAUCUCCGCCAUCACCACCGCCUCCAUCCGCCGCCACCGCUGGAAGAGAGAGGAUAAUUUUGACCUCUCAAGUGACUCCGAGCUCAGAGUCCCCGCCCACCCUCCUAGCCACGCCCACCAGAACCACGCCCACCAGCAGGAGCCGUCGGGCACCGUCAAGGAAGGGGCAUGGCCGCCCGGUCGCCCUAGCAACUACAGCAGCAGCGCCGUCCACACGGGGCCCCCGGCCAUACUGGAGGACGCUGACGGCAUGAGCGGGGGCGAAGACUCGUUCAACCUCAAUGACCCCGAUGAGGGCUUCUCCUCGGGGGCGUCAAACAGCAGCCAGCCCAGCGCCACCAAGCCGGGCGUGGCCGGGGGCGUGGCCGGGCGCGCCAGCAGCCAGAAGGGCGGGGGGCUGGGCGGCGGCGGCAGCAGCAUCAAGAAGGCGGUGACGGCCCGUCUGUCUCGGGACAAGGAGCGGGAGAGAGAGAGAGAGAGAGAGAGGGAGAGAGAGGUGGAAAAGCAGCAGAAGGAGGUGGAGAAGCAGCAGCAGAAGGAGGUGGAGAAGCAGCAGCAGAAGGAGGUGGAGAAGCAGCAGAAGGAGGCGUUCCAGCAGCAGCUGAGGCGCCAGUCUCCGCCCGCGGGCAUCACGCUGGACACCAUCCAGCUGAGCCCCAUCAAGAAGCACCUGAGCUACCCGGCCGGCCCUGCCCUGGUCCGCACGGCCAGCACCUCCUCCAGCAAGUCCUUCGACUGCAUGAAGCUCAGCCUGAACGGGGCGGGGCAGGCGGGGGAGGGGCCGUCCGGGGGUGGGGCUGGUGGGGCGAAGGCGGGGGGGUCCCGGCGACACUCCACCAUCAGCCUGAAGGAGGAGCACCUUGUGCGGCCGGAGGAGAACCAGGACCUCCUGGUCGCCGGGGCGCCCCUCACGCCCCAGUCCCGCUCGCCCAGCUUCAACAUGCAGAUCAUAUCCCAGGUGUAACACACACACACACACACACACACACACACACACACACACACACACACACACACACACACACACACACACACACACACACACACACACACACACACACACACACAGACUCUGAGCUACCUGGUCCUGUCGCUUGAGGAAUCGAACUGUGUGUUUAAGAGGUGUGUUGGAGAGAGUCUGUCUAUGUGUGGAUGUUUCUGUGUGUGGUUCUGUUUAUAUAUUUGGGUGUGCCUGGAUUGUGUAUUUCUGUUUGCUGACAGAAGACAUGCCCAUCCCCAGGUGAAAGGGUGAACGUUGCCCAUGGACACUGGUCAGUCUCCAACUGAAAACCAUUCCUCAUCUUCCUGCCGUCUGACUGGACGGCUCGCGGGGGUCAUGGAGGGAGAGACACACACACACACACACCAGUCCAACAUCUGUCAUUAUCCUCGUCGUGGGCGUGUGUAUCACUGGUUUCUUCCCAUUGUUCCGACUGGGGGGACAGGAGGCAGGGGUCAUCAUUCAGAUACAGAGAGGAGGAGGAGCAAGCUGGAUGAUUCUGCUCUUGGUGUCCGAAUUUUAAACGUUGCGGACUGAAUCGGUGUUGGCCCAAAAGAUUCAGCAAUAAGGUGUGUGUGGACGUGUGCUCGUUCUCUCCUCCUACUCGCUCAUUCCUGGACUCAAGUGCAAUCUGUCCCUGUGACAUCUUUAAAGUCUUCUGAUUUUAUGGGUGAUUAUACGUUUCAUUUUCUUUUACCAGUGGCAUAAACGCAGACAGAUGUCAUGUGGGAAUUGAAACGAUUAGGUCAAAUAACUGAAAUCCAAAGAACAUAGUUCUGGUUGUUUCCUGUUUUUGUUUCAAAUUAUAACUUUCAUUUGUGUAGAGAAACGACUGAAGUUUCUUUUGCUUUUAAGCAUAAAUGUUUUCUACUUAUUUGAUUUUUUGCUUUUAGGAUGUGAGGUCCUGGUCCGAACAGAUCUACACAUGUAUCUCUCUAGCUAUUCUAAGGGAGACUGAGUUCCCUUUACUUUAUUUCAAGGGGCAAAUUUAUCAUUUGCUGUAAUAAAAUGCCUUGGUGGUUCAGGGUGGAAGUACACCGCCCCCUGCUGGCUCUGAACACUGGGUUCAGGGUGGCAGUAUACCGACCCUGGUGGCUCUCAACAGUGGGUUCAGGGUGGCUCUGAAAAUUGGGUUCAGGGUUGCAGUAUACCGCCCCCUGGUGGCUCUGAACAGUGGGUUCACUCCAACGUCCAUCCAGUGUUUUGUGCGCCCUGAUUGGAUGCUCAUUGUUUUUGUUCUACCUCAUCGUGCAACACAUCACCUGCCACUCAGAUCAGUGCAUUUCUGUCUGAGGUGGGACAUGAGUUCAGAUUAAUCCACCAUUAAACAGCCCCUUUAUAGAGUAAACUGUAAUGACGAUGUUCAAUAGGUUUGUGGAAAAAUUCAGUUCAUUUAUUUUGUGCCUAGAGUUUUAAUUCUGUUUGGAUCCACUUAAAAUACACAAUCUAAUAGCACGUCUGUCCUACUUGCUCUAUCUUCAACUGUCUGCUUAUAGGUGUAGAUUUAAUUUCUAGUUUAAAUUGUGAACGAUUACUAUUUGUUUUUAUUUGGUUAUAAUACAAGUGCAAUUUAUUUAGGUUAAUUUUGGAGCUCGUUGAAAUGCCUCUUCUUGUGCACAGCUUUGUUGUUCUGCUUGAGCGCGGAGCCAGGACGAUGGCUGCUAGAUUGAGACAUGAAGUAGUUUCUCCUGGUCUCCAACAGAUGUGCCAAUUUACUCAUUUACUCCUUAAAUCUUUUCAUUAGCUGUUCCAAUGCGUGACUUAUGAGUUUUGGUUUCUGUGCUGUUAUGUGUCAGUUUAUCUUCUCAAUGUGUGAGGGUCACAAACGUCAUUCACGGUCCUCAGAUCAAUAUUCGAUUCCACCGAUCUGGAGGAAUUGUUUUCGAUGUACAAUUUCCUUUUCUCAAAGCAAUCAUGUUCUCUUGCGGUAGUUUUUAUUUUUGGGUGCUAAGAGGAACCUCAGUGAAUACAAAGCGCUGGGGUCAGAGGUCACGCAGGAUACACUGAUACAAUCCAUGGUCCAGUCCUCUUUAAACAGGCUCAUUCUCUACGUAAACAAAAGUCAGCGGGGAAGAGUUACUGGUGUGAAGGGUCACUGCUGCUGCCACUGGGGUCCAGGGGGACAGUGUGCUCGGUGUGUUCAUACGUUAGGGUGUGUUUAUGCAUUUGUGUGUGUGCGUGUGUUAGUGUGUGUUCUUAUGUUGGGGUGUGUUUGUAUGUAAGGGUGUGUGCGUGCGUGCGUUAGGGUGUGUGUGUGUGUGUGCAUGUGUUAGGGUGUGUUUGUUCGUUAGGGUGUUUGUUUGUUAGGGUGUGCGUUAGGGUGUGUGCAUGUGUUGGGCUGUUUUUGUGCGUUAGGGUGUGUGUGUGUGUUAGGGUGUGAUUGUGCAUGUGUUAGGGUGUGAGUGUGCCAGGGUGUGUGCAUGUAUUAGGGGGUGUGCAUUAGGGUGUGUGCAUCCAUCCGGGUGUGGCUGCAUUAGGAUGUGUGCGUGCGUUUUUAUGUCUGUCUGCGUACGUUAAAGGUUGGGUACGCGAUUUGCGAAACGCCAGCAGAUUUUGAAAAUACACAACUCAAAUGGUCCUACCCCCUCUCCUUCAACGCUGACUCUGACUCCACCCAUUCCAAGUACCUGGACGCGCAAUCAUGCACGAGCGCGAACAGAGAUGCGCAAGAGCGAGCCAGGCUAGCGUAGGUUUUCGUUUAACAACAUGGCACUACAUUCAGCUGUAAGUUGCACCCAGUACCGCGGGAAGUAGGGGUGCUGGGGGUGCUGCAACACCCCCUGUCCGAGGCCCUGUCUUAUCACAGAAAACGAUAAUUUCUAAAAACUCCGGCCAAAGUGGAGAUUUCUGAAAACGCCGGUUAUGUGUUGUCGUGUCAACGGGGAGAAACGGGAUUUUAGGUUCUGAAGCGUCAUUAUGCACCAGGAAAUGCUUAACGUCAUGUGAGCGCCCGCUGUACCGUAUUGGUCCGAAUAUAAACACAAACCCCAUUGUAAGACGACCUAUAUUUGGAAAAAAGAUUUGAAGACCAGAUCUUGAUUUCAUGAAUAAAUAUAUUGUAUUAAUUGAAAUAAUAUACGAAAAUAAAAAGGCAUAGAAUAAAACACUGCAUUGCCACUAAACAGUAGUGCAAAUAGGCCGUACUGAUGUGUACACCAAAGACUUCCUGACACUCCUCUGCCCCGCUGUGUUCGCUCUGGCUGUGGUCGCCCCGAACUGUUUCGGCCCGUGGCAAAGCGAGUCAUCCUCGCUGCUGUCCAAAGCAUGUUGAGACGCAGCAUUUAUUUAAUGCUCAUAUGACCUAGUGCUGAAAAAAGGUUAUAUGAAAAAGUGUGAGGGUAGCGGUGGUGCGCUAAACUUGUUCUGUGAGCAGCUGGAUGUGAACACAACGAUCGAUUUUCAACUGUGCGCGCAUGCACUGGUGUAAUUGAGCUGCGCUGCAAUAUAUCUUUUUUAUCAAUGUGACGAGUUGCGAGUCUAGUGCAGGCCGGGUUUUUUUUUCCAGCACCCCCUGCUGAGAAUACGUUCUCGCGGCUAUGGUUGCACCAGAUGUUAUAAACAUUAAACAGUCACAUAAAUCAUUACUAUUUUUAGAAAAUGUAUGUUUGUUUCAUAUAAUUGUAUUGGAAGUCCUGGUUUUCACUAGGGUUGCCGCGGUGUGGACAUUUUCACACCGAGUAAUACACUCGUCUCAACACCGGUAUUACCGAGUAUAAACGGUAUAAACUUUGAAACUAGGUCAACCGCCACACAAGCAUCGGUUUUUAGACCCUUCUCGUCCUUCAGUUGCCGCCAACGUUCGAAAGCAGCGCCUAGGAUUAUUCUUGAUUUCAGUUUUUCUCUUUCAGCGUUUUUAUUAUCAAUUACUCUCUGAAAAAGAGUUUUCCUUCUCUUUGCUGGUGGUGGUGGUGGUGGGGAUGGUGGCGUCUUGUCUGCCAUGGAAAUUGUCUUCUACUGCUAGGUCCAAAUGUGGAUUAACUAGUUCCAGUAGCUACCGCAGGAUAACAACAAACAGGAGCUUGCUCUGGGUCACGAGUACUGCACGAAGGGGUCGCGCGCGGGGGAGGGGGAGUGCAGUACGACCGUUUGAUUGACGUACUUACUGUCCAAUGCAACUCGGUGGCAAUGGAAAUGAUUGGCUGGAGUUUUUCGAGCCCUGCCCGUUCCACAGAUGAUUGACUUGUUUAAUUUUCAUGUCAGUACUUCUAACUCAGUGGCUGUAAGCGGGUUAUGAUAAGGAUUUCAAGUAAUUUUGCAAAAAUGGCCAAAAAAGCGAAUUCCAUACCCAACCUUUAAGGCUGCGUGCGUUAGAGUGUGGGUGGGCGUGCAUGCGUUAGUUUGUAAGUGUGUGUGCUUGAGACACAAAGGCACGCGCUCCUCCUUUAGAGAGUUAGAAAAUAGGAGGGAGAGGGCGAUCAAAUAAUACCCUACAUAGCUACAUGCUGUGGUACACAAACACCUGCAUCCUCAGUGUGUUCACGUGCUCCCCCCCCCCCCGUUCCUGCUGUAUUCUGCUGUAAUCUGCUGUAUUCUGCUGUGUUGUACCCCCUGGUCACCUGUCCCCCCCCCCCCCCCCCCCUGCUCAAUACUGUGGUCCAAGACCAGGACGCAACACAUCAUGGCGGACCAGGCCAGAGGCAGGGUUCCUAGGUGUUUGCUUGUGUUGCCCGCCUGACGCUGGUCGGACGGGGGGGUUUACCGUCCUGCAUGUGUUUCUUCAAACGUGUGCUUUUGUUUCGCUAUUUGGUAUAAUGCACUUUAAUCCACCGUUCAUCCACCUCCUCUGUCCCUCUGAUCCAUGUGAUUAAUAUAUAGAUGUGCAGACACCCUCCAUGCAGGGCUCAGUCUGAGUAGUACUUCAACACUGCUUUUAUUUUCUUUAACAAAGUUUAUAUAAAGGUUUAGGGUACAGCUGUAUAUUUUUCUUUCAAAUGUUAAAGAUAUUUAGAGAUAUAUAGAUACCAUACAUAUAUAUAUACGUGUGUGUGUGUGUGUGUGUGUGUGUGUGUGUGUGUGUGUGUGUGUGUGUGUGUGUGUGUAUAUAUAUAUCUAUAUAGUUCUAUAUAUAGAUAUAUAUAUAUUUAUAUAUGUGUAAUGAUAUAUAUAUGUAUGUAGAUAUGUAUGUGUAUAUAUGUAUACAUAUGUGUAUAUAUAUGUGUAUAGAUAUAGAUAUACAUAGAUAUAUAUGUAUUCAUAUAUAAGUGAGGGUCAGUAAGGUCUCAGGAUUUCACCGUUUAUUGAAGCUAUACAUGAACCACGUCGGCACCAAUCAGAUCUAUUUUUGGGGGGGUGGGUUUCUGCUGGGCUCCCAGUGAUUCUAUGCAACACUCACUUGUUCUGCCAGGUUCGUUCAGCGUGGGAGAUGAACUGCAGGAAGAAGCUCUCCCCCUCUCCUGCUCGUUAGUUUUCUCACUUUAUCCAGUGCACUCUGUCCUUUGUAGCUCCCCAAUCCCACGGUGGAGCCUCUCCACCCCCGGUGUGAUCUUUGUGUGUCAUUCUGUACAACCAUCCUGCAUGUGGCUGUAAUUAGAAGACGCCACCACUAGGGAGCGUCGUUUGAAACGGGCCUCGGUGGUGAGUGACGGGAGGGGGGAGG